AUGUCGAGCUCAUGGGAAAGUGAUAAACUGGCAGGUUUUGAAUGGUUUCCAACCAUGGUGAACCAGAAGGUUCCAUCUAUACUAUCAGAAGAAUAUCAUAUGUACUACCAAAACGUGACACCGCCAAAUAAACUGGAUGAAUCAUGCAAAGAUGAAAAUAAACUACCAAAGUUGGAGCAUAUCAUAACUCCACUAAUGUUCCGUGCUUUGAUAAAGGCUGGCCCUCGUUCCGAUACAUGGAAAAGUAGAAAAUUUGCUAAAACCAUGAUAGCAACGGACACGCCAGAAAAGGAAAAAAUAGCUGAGGAAUGUACUGCUGCGUUAAAUAGAAAAGGUCUGCAUAACAGAAAAGUUCUACAAAAUUGUAGUAAUGACAUUUAUCCAUCGACAAGUAAGAUGUCGUACGAAGAAGGUGACAUCAUUUAUCCUCAUACGAAAGAAGAAAAACAAGAGAUCAGAAGAGAACUCGGAUUAAAAGAUAGCGCCAUAGAAGAAGACAUUGACGCAAUCAUCGAAUGGUUUCAGAAACAACCGCAUUUGGUCGAAGCUGGAAUAGAUAGAGAAUAUGUGGAAAGAAUGCUGAUUAUAUCGAAGGGAUCUUUGGAGAAGACGAAACGCAGAAUCGACAGUUGGUACAAAUACAGACUUCUAGCACCUGAACUGAUACAGGGAAGAGAAGCUAUCCUAUCCGGAUCACAAGAUUUGUGGACAUCAUAUCUUCAAGUUACAUUGCCUAAGCUUUUUCAGGGACGAAGAAUAACUGUGGUUAAGAUUUUAGAUGUGGAUACAAGUAACUUCUCUUGCGAAAAUUUGUUUAGAAAUACGUUUAUGAUGGCUGAUAUAAGACUGAGGAAUGACUACUUUUUGGAAGAUAUCUGGGUGUUAGAUUUAAAAUACGCGUCAUUUUCGCACUUGCUUAGACUAAAUCCAGUUAUAAUGCAGAAAGCAGCAAACUUAUUUCACGAGGGUCUUGGUAUGAGAAUCAACUCGAUCCACGUGCUAAAUGGGAUGAAUCUACUCCAGCAUUUAAUCACUUUCAUGAAACAGUUCUUUAGUCCAAAGAUCUUGGAUCGUGUUAUAGUCCAUGACAGUCUCGAUUCUUUAUAUAUGCAUGUCCCGAAAAAGUAUUUACCUAAAGACUAUGGAGGCGAGGAGAAAUCGAUGGUUGACUUCAAAGAUACGUAUGAAAAAGAAUUAAGAAGCACCAAAUAUAAGCAGUUCCUGAUAAACGCAAUGAGCAUCGUUUCAAACGAAAAGAAACGACCCGAUUCUGACAUCAACGAAGAAUAUUUAGCUGGUUCAUUCAGAAAAUUAGAUUUCGACUAG